UCCUCCUAUGAAUGAUUCAAACACACAAAGGCACAGAGGAAAACUUCUGAGUGCUGACUACAAGGAGCAGAUCAUCAAAUCCUAUGUGUGCACAUCUGAACAAGUCUGAAUGAAAUAUUAAUGUGUGACUCCGGUCACACUCAGCUUCAGCUUAUUUAUGAAGAAAACAAUGCGGCCUCAGAGCACAACUGUUAUCUAUAUCCAAGCCACUGCAGGAGCAGGUGGUUCAACCCUUACAACUCUCGCUGUGAAUGUCAUUUUGACUCUAUGCUGCUCGGCCCAGAGACCACCUGUUUAUGGCAGACACUUGAUAUUUUAAACAGAGAUGGACUGCACUUCUCCAAAAAGGACGCCAUCUAGAUGUCUUCCUGAAAUUUAAACAGACAGAUUGCUAGGUAAAACUUACAUUUCUACCGGGUGUCGAUCGUCUGAUUAGUUGCAUCCGGCUUUUGCCUCCAUCCAUGCUCGUCCUCCUGUGAGAAAGAGUCACCAGUUGAUGGCGCUGUACCAGAGAAAGAGGAGGUCCGUGAACUGCACUGAGCUGCUCAACCGCAGGAGCACAGGAAUCACAGAUGUUGGGUCUCUGAACAGACACAACUUGAAGGUGCUCAGAAAUAUCCUCCUACGGGAAACUAGGCAUUUCAAAAAAGUAUGGAGCAGGACAUCCAAAUCCACAAUCAUGUAUGAGAAUUGUAAGCUUUACUUUGAAAAUUACCUGAAAUGCUACAGUUGUAUUCCUCCAGAGCCUCAAAUCUUGUACAAAUUGUCCAAAAGGUCUAAACAAGAGAAAUUUGAAGACGCCUUGCUUUGCCAGAGUCCACUUGACAGGACGUUGGCCUCGUCCUCUGACAGCAGACCAAGCCUCUUGGUCUUGACGGCCAAUAACUGGCUUUAUCGCCUGUCAGCUGAAACGGGGGAAGAGCUCCAACGAGUGUACCUUUCUUCACACCUCAAGUUUAGGUACCUUGGUUGGGAAGUUGCCCAGGACACUUUCUAUGUGAAGUCAGUACAAAACAAAGAAACACCUUUGCAACGACAGGCAGGAAUCACUGAAAACACAGUGAUGCAUCUGGCCAUUUUUCACAUUUUUCCCUUGCAAAUUGUUGGCAUGGUGGAAAUUAAUAAAAAGGUAUUUGGGAAUGGUGUUACUAAUGUUGUGCUGUCCCAAGGCAUCCUCGCUGUUUCUUACAGUAACAAGUCUGUGAAGCUCUUCAGCUUUGAGCACAUUGUAAAUAGGUUCAUGACAGAGAAGUUGUCACUUGGACAUAAAAGUUCUCUUCUGGGAGGAAAAACUGUGGGAGAAGCUCAGAGUGGUAUCCCAGUAAAUAUUCAGAUCACAGAUUGUCCUCCUGUGCUUUUUGAGGUGUCCUGCUCUAAUGAUGGCGUCCAGAUUGGUGGUUACCCGUGGCACUACAUCUAUACACCACCACAUAAGAACCACAGGGGGACUCACCACAUCAGUUCACUCAAAGACAGCACUAUGGCAACUAAUGGAAUACAGAAUAUGAACUGUGUCUCUCUGGAGAGUGAUGGGAUUUUCUUCCACCCAGACGACUCCGGGAGAAUUAUCCACAUUGGACCUACCACCAUAAAUGUCCUUAAAAUCCUCGGUGAAUUGAACAGUAGUCUGCCGUCAAAGGUUGUUGUCGAUUUCUGUAUGAAGACUCUUCGAAACAAUCAUCUGACUUCACAAGUUACGGUCACCUCAUCGGGCCGCACAGUGAAAAAGAGAUUUCAUCAGCUGGACGAUGACCCAGAACAAGAAACAUUCCGUAUGGUAGAAUUUGAGGACGAACUGGACCUGCUGGCAGUGGUUGUAUCUAACAGUGACGAAGGAGAAGGACGGGCUCACAUCCGACUACAUGACAACCAGAGUGGACAUUUGGAGCGCACAAUCAAUCUACUUGAACCUUGGGACGAGACUUAUCGACAUGAAUUGUUCUUCGACCAGGAUACAAUUGUUCAUAUUGAACAACAGAAUUCCAACUUCUGCUGCCACGUGUAUAAACUCAGGGACGAUAAGAUGUCCUUGUUGUGUUGGGUUCAAUGAUUCAAUUUAUUUAUUUUUAUACUGAAGUUAUUUUUUAAAUGUUUUUCUACAUUCUGUUUUACACUAUAUUCAUUUUUUCUUAAAAUAAAAUAUUUUUUACAAAUUACUUUGUUUAUCUGCUUGA